AUGGAAGAUUAUCUUCCAUUAGAUCUUGAAUCAAACAUCCUCGUAAGAUUACCAAUCAAAGACCUUAUUCGCUGUCAGUGUGUUUGCAAGCGUUGGCGUGAUGACAUCAUCAAAAACCCGUAUUUCAUCACUUCCCACACUCGUCAUUAUCUUCUCGAAAGUAACAAGAUAAGUGACUCCAUCAUCUUUUUUAGUCGAGACACAUACGCAUCUGGAUUAUGCUUUUUAGAUUACCAUACCCCGAAAGUUGUUAAGAAGGUAACUCACUUUCAUAACUUUCAAAAUUCUAAGAAUGUUGAACUCGUUGGUUCUUGUAAUGGCUUGCUUUGCUUCCGAGAAUUAGGUCAGAAUUACCCAAUAAGGUUUACGCUUUACAACCCGUUAACCGGUGCCUCUAACGAUAUAACGCCUUUGGUACCAAAACAAGAUUAUGCGGGUCAAGCGGGUCAAAUUGAGAUGAUCGGGUUCGGUUAUGAUAGUACCAAAGAUGAUUAUAAGAUUUUAUGCUUCUCCACAUUCAAUGUACAAUCUGAUAACUUUUGUGUGGUUUAUAGCUUGAAGAGUAAUACAUGGAAAUACAUCAAACCUCAUCAUAAUAACAUCGUGAAAAAUAUAAACAGAAAUCCAAGUAUGGUUUUCUGUAAUAAUGCGUUGCAUUGGAUAGCUUGCAAUAAUAAGUCAAAUUCUACCUCGAAGUUAAUAAUAGCUAAGUUUGACCUUGGAACUGAAGAAUAUAAUGAGGUGCCAUACCCUAAUAAAUGGAAUAAUUGUGUUGGUGAUUUGGAGUCAUUGAUUGUAUUAAGGGGUCGUUUGCAUUUCAUAAACUAUUAUCGCACGAUGAAAACAAACUUGGAAGUGUGGGUUAUGAAGGAGUAUGGUGUGAAACAAACAUGGUCUAAAUUGGUUGAUAUCCCUCUUAGUAGAUUACAACAACAAGACGUUGAUAGAAGUCAACAACUACAACUAAGAAUCGAAAACAGUAUCAUCACUUUAUUUUCUUCUUAUUUUCUUUAUGGUUAUUCCGAGGAUGGACAAGAAAUCCUAUUGGGUGGAAAAAAUAAGGGUUUUCUUCAAUAUGAUGUUCAAAGUUGGGAUGUUAAGUGGCUCAAAAUGUGCAAUUUGCCGUAUGGUUGUACGCCGUCGUUUAAAUAUGUGGCGAUGCCAUGGGUUGGUUCCUUUGUUUCCCCUUCAAGGUCAUUUACUUAA